AUGAACUGGGAGGUGUUCGAAGGGCUCCUCAGCGGGGUCAACAAGUACUCCACAGCCUUCGGCCGCAUCUGGCUCUCCCUCGUCUUCAUCUUCCGCCUGCUGGUCUACGUGGUGGCGGCUGAGCGGGUCUGGAGCGAUGACCACAAGGACUUUGACUGCAACACACAGCAGCCGGGCUGCACCAACGUCUGCUUCGACCACUUCUUCCCCGUCUCCCACAUCCGCCUCUGGGCCCUGCAGCUCAUCCUAGUGACCUGUCCAUCCCUCCUGGUCAUCAUGCAUGUGGCUUACCGGGAAGCCAAGGAACAGAGGCACCUUGCCGCCAGCGGGGAAAACUGCCGCCGCAUCUACUCCAACCCUGGCAAGAAGCAGGGAGGACUGUGGUGGACCUACCUGUUCAGCCUGGUCUUCAAGGCCGGCGUGGAUGUGGUCUUCCUCUACAUCUUCUACCGCUUCUACAGGAACUACACCCUGCCCCGGGUGGUGAAGUGUGAGCUGCCCCCCUGCCCCAAUGUGGUAGACUGCUUCAUCUCCCGGCCCACUGAGAAGAACAUCUUCACCCUUUUCGUGGUGGUCACCACCUGCAUCUGCAUUGUACUGAGCAUCAUCGAGGCCACCUACCUGAUAGGCAAGCGGUGCUGCGAGUGCUUGCGAGCCAGCAGCGUGGAGAGCUGUCGGCACAGCCAGGACUGCCCGCUCUCCUGCACCGAACCUGCAGGCAUGGAGGGGCAGGUUUUCCAUGGGGUGGACUACAAACCCCCCACAGCCUCCAUCCCCCCCACAGCCUCCAUCCCUGGCACGCUGCCUGAGGAGGAGUCUCUUUCCUAG